AUUCUCAUUGAUCAUAAAAGUAAAUGGCGGGCGAAUUAGAAACUCCGCUGAUAAAUAAGAAAUAUUACUACGAAAAUUGUCCGGGUUGUAAAGUGGAUCAACACAAGUCGGGUCAAACCGGUUUACCAAUUAAGGAGCUUUUCACUAUAUGGAUUGUCAUCCUUGGUACAGCACUUCCAAUAUCAUCACUCUUUCCAUUUCUUUAUUUCAUGAUAAAGGACUUUCACAUUGCAAAAAGAGAGGAAGAUAUUAGUACGUAUGCAGGUUUUGUAGGUUCUUCAUUUAUGGUUGGAAGAGCUUUGACAUCUGUUUUUUGGGGAGCAGUGGCUGAUCGAUAUGGACGAAAACCAGUUAUAGUUUUCGGCACUUUUGCAGUGGUUGUUUUCAACACUCUCUUUGGUCUUAGUGUCAACUUUUGGAUGGCAAUUGCUACGCGAUUUCUACUUGGUUUUUUAAAUGGUUUGAUUGGACCAAUAAAGGCAUAUGCUGCAGAAAUCUUCCGUGAAGAAUAUCAAGCACUGGGAAUGUCAACGAUUAGUACUGCUUGGGGUAUUGGAUUGAUUAUUGGUCCAUCUUUAGGAGGCUUCCUUGCUCAGCCUGCAGAGAAAUAUCCGACUGUAUUCUCAAAGGAUUCUAUAUUUGGGAGAUUUCCCUAUUUCUUGCCUUGCUUAUGUAUAUCACUGUUUUCCUUGGCUGUGGGUAUUGCUUCAUUUUGGCUCCCGGAAACAUUACACAAUCACGAUUCAAGAAUGCCGCCUCAAAGUUCAUAUGAGGCUCUGGAGGAGGCUGCAUCUGAUACAAAAGACGGAAAUGAAUCAGCCCCAAAAGAAAACCUUUUUAACAACUGGCCAUUGAUGUCAUCGAUCAUCUUAUACUGUGUCUUUUCUCUUCAUGAUAUGGCUUAUACAGAGAUCUUCUCAUUAUGGACUGUGAGCCCCAGAAAGUUUGGAGGCUUAAGUUAUUCAACUGUUGAUGUUGGUGAAGUACUAUCGAUCUCAGGAUUUGGCCUUCUAGUCUUUCAACUAUCUCUAUAUCCAUUGGUUGAGAAGUGUGUUGGCCCUAUCGUCAUUACUCGAGUUGCAGGAGUUUUGUCCAUUGCUGUGCUGACAAGUUACCCUUACAUCGCCUUGCUAUCUGGGAUCGCGCUCUCUGUCACAAUAAAUAUUGCAUCUGUGAUCAAGAAUGCUUUAUCUAUAUCUAUCAUAACAGGUUUGUUCAUAUUGCAAAACAAAGCAGUGGACCAGCGACAACGUGGAGCUGCUAAUGGAAUUGCCAUGACAGCAAUGUCAAUUUUUAAAGCUAUAGGUCCAGCAGGGGCAGGAGUAGUCUUUUCUUGGGCACAAAAAAGGCUUGACGCUUCCAUUCUUCCAGGUGAUCAAGUAGUGUUCUUUGUGCUGAAUGUGAUUGAGGCAAUUGGUGUGUUGCUGACAUUCAAACCAUUCCUUGUUGAAACACAAUAAACUUGAUGUGUCUCUCUUGAAUGUCAUUUUUUGUUAUGUUUGGUGUAGGAUGUGUAACUUCUUUCGUCUACUAGUUUUAAUAUUUUACAUCAAUGAAAAGUAAAAUUUACAUA